UCGUUACAAACAUUACUGUGUGGGUUGAGCCUAUUCUGUCCGUAGAGAUCGUACAGAACGUGUGUCACUCUUGAUAUAAACACAAAUAGGCCUGUUUAUAAAUCGUACAUUUCGCUUUAUAUUCUGUUAUUAUUUAAUGUUUUAACCUCGUAAAUAUCUCGUGCGUCGCUAGGUUCAAUAUAUGGCACUUGUCUGUCUUUUGGGAAGUUUUAAUAACACGUAAUUCAACUUUCAUAAGAUUUAAAAUGCGGGAAGAUCAUUUUAUUUUGUUACGCAGGUCUAACAGAAAGUAUUUAAUUUAGAUUCGGAGAUCUAAAGUACAGUACUAAUUGCGUAUUUAAUUCUGCACAGAGAUCGUGCUGUCUUCCACCACUCCUUUGCUGCAAGGUGUUAAUAAUUAUGCGUCUGCUUCUUUGCGUUUAGCGAUAUUAUAGAACAAUGAACGUGUGUGUGCAAAAUGUUUUUGUAAGAAUUCUUUGAGAUCGAAGUGUGCCACUGACAUAAAUCUCUGCACGUGAGAUUUGGAAGUAACGAGUGGAAAGAUGUAAAUUUGUAACUGUGGUUCUCUAGCGAGGUUCGCUGACACAUACGAUUUACGUAUCUCAUCGAUUUUUUUUAUUGUAUUUGCCCCUGCUAUACGAACUGUAAAUUAUUGCUGCACGCCAGUUCAUAAUCGAGAUUUGAAGUUCUCGCGGCUUUGAGGAUGACGAUGUUCUGGGAACUUACGCCGUGUGGAUUUGUAGGUGGGGAUAAAUUCCUGAAGAUGGUGACUGUGUGUGACUCCGAAACAAUGGUCUGUGUAUAAAGCAGCCAUGAAGAUGGAGGCAGUUUGUUCCUCCGAAACGUUGAUGUCUAUCGCAUUAGAACCCGGAAGACGAACACCGACAGAUGCAGAGUUCUUUGAAUGAUUCAUACCAGGAACAGAAUGCAUCUUUAAAGUUGGCGGAAUUCAACUCAGCCUUGCAAAGACCAAUAUGGAGACGGUUGCAGAUGUAGAAAACAAUAAUUGUACAUCAGUCAGCAACAGUCGCUCGACGCCUGUUCAUGGUUGGUGGGCGCCAGUUAGCGGGUGGGUCACCUCUUUGUGUGGGCGCGAGACGACGCAGUCAGAAGGCGGAAGAAACUCAGCUAGAAGAAGACAAAUUCUUGCUGGAAACCACAAGGACAAAACAUAUCUCGAAGGAAGCAGUUCAGGACGACGAACUGGGAUUGAGUGUGUUCUCAGAGAUGAUGGUAAGGCAGCAGAAAGCCGAGUUAAAGGAGUGGGAAGUAUUUCCCCUGGUCUUGACUUAGGCCUACUUAAGAAGCUGGAGGCGGGUAAGGACUUGUACCCUAGUUGCGACACAUCUGUUUGGCUUCGAUCAUGUUCCCAGGAGGUAGUGGAGCCUCUAGAAGGGAGAGUCACGGGUUGCAUUCCAAAGUGGUUAAAGGGGUCACUUAUACGAAAUGGUCCUGGCAAUCUAAAAGUAGGCGAUAUGACAUUUGGCCACCUGUUCGAUGGAUCCGCGCUCUUGCACAGGUUCGCAAUUAAUGGAGGUCAUGUGACGUAUCAGUCCCGCUUUCUCAAGACACAGACGUACAGACGUAAUAUGGCUGCCCAGAGGAUAGUUGUUACAGAGUUUGGAACGAAAGCAGUGCCAGAUCCAUGCCAAACCAUCUUUCAGAGGUACACGACUCCAUUCUGAGUAACUGAUACAAGGGAACAUUGCGAUGAUGCUGUAGUGUGCGUAAUGAA